AACAGGCCGACGCAACAAAUGGCCGACAACAAGCGCGCGAGAGAGCGGACGAGCGGCGAGGAGGAGGAGCCGGCGUCGGCGGCGGUGGGAGCUCGGACGAGCGGCGAGGAUCAGGCGGAGGCGCCCGCUGCAUCGGCGGCGGCGGUGGCGGCUGAAGACGACGAGGGGCCGCUCUGCCGGUACUGCUUUGAGGGCGAAUCGGAGGGCGAGCUGCUGUCGCCGUGCGACUGCAAGGGUGGGCAGAAGUGGGUGCACCUGCACUGCCUUCGGCGCUGGCAACGGAUGGUCCUAGUGUCACAGCCGACGCACCCGGCUUUCUACACCAGCGACGCGCGACACCACACCUGCGGCGUGUGCGCCGCUCCGUUCACGUGUGCGCCGCCCACUCGCCACGAGCUCAUGUCCUCCUUCACCGGCCCAGAGCUCGGUGCCUUGGUCGACGCCGGCUGCAUGAUUGGCGCGCACGCCGGCUUCUCAGCGGAGCUAUCGCGCAGCCUCGGCAGCAUGUCCGAGUACGUGGCGGAGGAGUCGUCUUACCGGCACUGGAUCGGCGGCGCGUACCUCAUCACGGAGACCGCCGCCGCGACGCCCGAUCUGACCUUUUCGCUGCAGUCGCGCGAGGACAUCGCGCUCCUCUGCUCCAACCUCGGCGAGGGCGACGCCUUUCAGGGGCCGCGCGGCGUCACCCUUCGCCUCGCCGCGCGGGGCGCGCUCUCUCCGCCGCCAGAGGGCGAGGAGGCGGCCGGCGAGACGGUGCGAGGGCGGCUGGCUCGGCUGGAGCAGCGCGCGCUCGUCGAGCCGGGCGCGGUGCUGCCUCUCGACGUGACGCUGCUCAAGGAGCCGGCGCCCGACUGCGGCGAGGACCACAUCACCGCCGUCAACCUCACCCGGAUCGUGCCGCAGCCCUCGCUGCGGAUGGCGAGACCGGUCGAGGCGGCGAAGGAGGCCCUUGCCCAGCGCUUCCCACAGGUCGAUCCGUCGCGCGUGCGCGUGCAGCACUACCGCGGCGGCCCGUGCGGCUCCGGCGAGGUUGCCUGCUGCAUCGUGACGGGCGGUGGCUCCGCUGGCUCGAGCGGCUGGAGCGUGGCCGAGGGAAUCGUCGCCGCGUUGGAGCUCGCAUUCAGCCGCGCCACGCCACGAUCCACCGAGCAGGGCGAGUUCGUGUGCGGACAGCCCGUCCGGCUCGCCGGGCUCGUCGCGCGCCCCGACCUGAACGACGCGCUGGGCAUCGCCCUCCGCUUCGACGAGAGCAGCCGCCGCUGGCUGGUCCGGCUCGCCGACGGCGAUGGCAAGGCGCUCAAGCCGGCGAAUCUGCGGCCGCUGAGUGAGGCGCAGCGCGGGCCCGACGUGCUCAUCUUUUGGGGCGACGCGCAGUGGAGCCGCACUCAGCUCCUCGGUGAGCUCGCCCGCGGCCACUGGGGCUUGUGCCGCGCGUCCGCCGCCGAUCUGGUCGCCGAGCCAGCGACGCGGAGGGACGGCCUAGAGGGACGGCUCGUGUACGCCCCAAAGACGGAGAUGAGCGAGGCGUUCCUGACGGCGGCGGCCGCGCAGAUGCAAGCAGAGCGGGAACGGCGUGCGAGGGAGGAGGCGGAGGUGGACGCGGACGCGGACGCGGACGCGGACGCGGACGCGGACGUGGACGCGGAGGCAUCGGUGCAAGAGGCGGCCGAGGCGGCCGAGCAGGGAGGGGGCAGCGCGAACGCCUUGCCGAUGGAGGGCGCGUAAAAUGGUGCCCCGCUCUCCCCACAAGAAUCCAGUCGGCGCGCUAGUUCGACGCUAGUUGGGGGCUGUUAUGUCGCCCAAGCAGAUGUGGCUCUUGCCGCGACAUGCAUGUGUGUAUGUGUGCGAUGUGUGUGGCGCCUUGCCUAGCUUGUGAAUACAC